AUGUUUGCUUCAGCUAGCCUCACGACCCUUUUGUUCCUUCUGUUAACUCAGGAUGUAUCGGGAGCACCAACAACAUCAACGGCUGUCGUAGGGUGGAGCAUGCCUAUCCGCAGGCUUAACCCUUCUUCGCAGAACUUCAUACUGGUGGCUCAGCAAGCAAAAGACCAAAGAGAUAUGCUUGCUGUGAAGUACGUGUUUCAUCCUCAACGCCACGCGUAUAGCAUUGUCAAUCAGGGAAUUGACACAGGCUACUAUGGAACCAUAGCAAUUGGGACGCCGCCAGUGUCCUAUGAUGUGAUUCUUGAUACCGGUUCAUCCGAUCUCUGGCUGACUAGUUCUACUUGCGGAGCAGGCUGCGGAACCAGCCCUACAUACGAUCCUGCGAAAUCGUCUACUUUCCAAAAUCUCUCGACACCGUUUGAGAUCCAAUAUGGCUCUGGCGCAGUAGCUGGUUAUGUUGCUGAGGAGACUGUUCAGAUGGCUGGUUUCUCGGUGGCAAAACAAGGCUUUGGCGUUGUCAAUGCUCUUUCGUCAGCCUUCAACACGAACCCUGUAUCCGGAAUAAUGGGUCUUGCCUGGAGUACGCUUUCUUCCACGCAGCAGAUGCCCUUCUGGCAAACUUUGGCUAGCGGUGGAAGUUGGGAUUCUGCGUUAUUCGGGGUACAGCUCACACGCUAUGGCAAUGUGUCCGGUGCAGCUCAAAACGAGCCAGGAGGAGUUAUUGACAUGGGUUACACAAACAGCAGUCUCUACACGGGAACAAUUGAAUACCAUAACCUUGUUGGAACACCACAAUACUGGGAGAUUAACAUGAAUACAUUGACUGUACAGGGAAAGUCCAUCGAUAUCGCCGGGAUCUCGACGGCUAUCAUCGACACGGGAACCACAAACAUUGCAGGCCCUGCCAGUGCUAUUGCGAGCAUCUACGCACAGAUCCCUGGAUCACAAGCAGGAACGGGCCAAAUGGAAGGAUAUUACACUUAUCCCUGCAGUACGACGGUGAAUGUACAGUUCAACUUUGGUGGUAACAGUUGGUCAAUGAGCUCCGCGGACUUCACGCACUCCCAGGUCAGCACCACGGAGUGCCUUGGGGCUUUCUUCAUCUCCUCAAUCGGCCAGGGGGGUCCUUCGUGGGUUAUUGGCGACGCAUUCCUUAAAAACGUUUACUCUGUCUUCAAGUACAGUCCCGCCUCUGUUGGUUUUGCUGCGCUAUCAGAGACUGCUAUCGCUCAGAAUGGUGUCAAAGCUGCUGUACCAUCUCCGACAAUCGGCGCUGUGACGGCUGCUACAAACACUGCUGGUGCUGUGUCAGGUGCUGUGUCAAGUGGUCCUUUGAGUACAUUGCUCUGUUUCUGGCUGGCUUCAGCAUCGAUAGCUUUUUUGUUCUGGUGA